AUGUUAGGAAGUGCCACAAGGAGUUUUGCAGAUGUGGUCAUGACAGGAGAAAUGAUUGAGAAUGCCAUAAGAAAUGGAAGGAUAGAUGCAGGAGAAAGUUCUAAAAGGUCUGCGCCACAGAAAAAGGAAAAUGAGGUGAACAAUGCAAACAUGGGGUAUUCAAAGUCUGUUACUGUAAGUCAACCAAAGGCAAUAACUGCUGGGAUCGUAGGACAUUCGAUAGAAAAUUGUACUACUUUUAAGAAGCUGGUUGAGAGAUUUAUUCAGAUGGGCAUUGUGAAGUUCGAUAAUGCGCCUAGUGCAGAAAAUCUGUUACCUAAUCAUACUAAUAGUGGGGUAAACGUAAUAGAUAGAAGUAUGAGAAAAAGAAUCAAGAUGGAUAUUACGGAAGUAAGAACUCCUUUAAAGUGGGUCUGGAAGGAGAUGGUAAAAAACGAGUUAGUUAUGAUGAAUUCAGAAGAAAGUGGUGAUGAAAUAGAGAUUUAUUGUGAGUACCACUAUGAAGAGGGACAUGAAAUUCAGGAAUGUGAAGAGUUCAGAGCUAUUAUCCAGGGCUUGAUGGACAACAAGGAAGUAGAAUUUUAUGAAGAGGUUAAGGAAGAGGAGUAUAUAUGCAUGUCAAAAUCCACGUCGAGUGUCACGAAAGUUAAUUAUCCUGUGGUUAUUAUUUCACGUCCUAAGAAUGAAGCAGGAAUUCAGAUGAGACUAAAAAUCAUAAUUCAGAAGCCAGCGGUUUUCUCUUACAAGGAUAAAAAAAGGGUCCCUUGGAAUUGUGAUUGUUCUCACACACACAGUAGAAGACGAUAUGAUUUGACAAAUGCCCGAACAGAAUUUGUAAAAGGAAAAGAUGUGACGGUUGAACAAAAGAAGGGAAAAACGGUCGAAUAUGGGGUACCUGUUAAUGAACCAGUGAAAGAAGAAGAAGCUAAAGAAUUCAUUAUAUUUCUGAAACAUAGUGAGUACAGUGUGGUGGAACAGUUGCAUAAACAACCAACCCACAUAUCUAUAUUAGCUUUACUCCUAAGCUCAGAGGUACAUCGAAGUGCAUUGAUGAAGGUGCUAAACGAGACGUAUGUGAGCAAUGAUAUUUCUGUCAACAAGUUGGAUUGGAUGGUUAAUAACAUAAGUACAAACAACUUCAUCUUUUUCAAUAAUGAUGAGAUACCACCAGGAGGUAUGGGGUCUACCAAAGCCUUGCAUAUAACCACCAGAUGUAAAGGAUACACAUUGCUAGGGGUUCUGGUAGAUAAUGGGUCGGCACUGAAUGUACUGCCUUUGUCCACACUAAACAGGUUACCUGUGGAUAGCUCACACAUGAAAGGAUGUCAGAAUAUAAUGCGAGUAUUUGAUGGCACAGAGAGGAGAGUCAUGGGGAGGAUAGAAAUACCUUUGUUGAUUGGCCCAACUACAUAUGAGGUAGAUUUCUUUGUAAUGGAUAUUAAGCCCUCGGGGGUAGUGCCUUCAUCAUUACAUCAAAAGUUAAAGCUAGUAUCAGAAGAACGGUUGGUAACGAUAAACGCUGAAGAGGACAUUAUUGUAAGCAGUGAUGCAUCGUAUUUAGAGACAGACAAUGAAGCUAUUGAGUGUUCUUUUCGAUCUUUGAAGUUUGUGAAUACAACAUUCAUCACUGAGGGGAGUAGAAUUCUGGAGCCGAAAAUGUCUAAAAUUACAAUGAUGGGUUUACAAUUGAUGGUAGGACGUGGAGCUUUACCAAGAAAGGGACUUAGGAGAUGUCUCCAGGAAAGAAUUGAGGUUCCGAUGUUGAAGGACAAGCAUGAUCGCUUUGGUUUGGGGUUCAAGCCAGAUGCAAGACAAAGGAAAAAGGGAAUUGGAAAGAAUGUAGGAAAGAAGAAGAGCACGUGGAGGACAGAGAAAGAAAGCAGGGAAGAAGUAUGUGGAAGUGUGUACAUCAAUGCCAUAUUUGAAGAGACAAUUAAAAAGGGGAUUUCGUCAGAUAUUCGUCCAUAUGAGCCUGGGAAUGUUCUAGACAAUUGGACUGCAGAAGACCUUCCUGUAGUUUCUAGAGCUUACUCAGAGUAA